AAUGAAAGCCACGUGGUGACCAUGACGUGUGGUGUGCGCCGGGCAGGGAGUGAGCCGCAUGGUUCCUGUGUGUUGGGUGCUGUGACAUGUCUGAGACUGAAGUGCAGCCCUGUGCUGCCAUGGCACAGCCGGGGAUGGCAGUGUCCCUUCCUCAGAAGCGCUAUUACAGGCAGAGAGCUCAUUCUAACCCUAUGGCCGAUCACACCUUCCACUACCCUGUGAAACCCCAGCGGAUGGACUGGUCAGAAUAUUACCCUGAUUAUUUUAAGCCUUUAUCACCCGAUAACCAUCAUGAUGAUGUGAAGGACUUGACAGAGACGAAGGAAGAGCUUCAGGUGGAGUUUGCGGACAUUGGCUGCGGAUAUGGCGGAUUAUUAGUGGAACUGUCUCGGUUAUUUCCAAAUAAACUCAUGCUUGGACUGGAGAUACGUGUUAAGGUAUCCGACUAUGUGCAAGACCGAAUCAAGUCACUGAGAGCCAGUCAUCCGGGCCAGUACCAGAAUAUUGCCUGUAUCCGAAGCAAUGCUAUGAAAUACCUACCUAACUUCUUCAGAAAAGGACAGCUGAGUAAGAUGUUCUUCCUGUUUCCUGAUCCUCACUUUAAGAAGACAAAGCAUAAAUGGAGAAUUAUUAGCUCCACACUGCUAGCAGAAUACGCGUAUGUGCUGCGAGUUGGGGGGUUGGUAUAUACAAUCACAGAUGUAGAAGAAGUUCACGAAUGGAUGGUGAAACACUUCACAGAGCAUCCGCUUUUUGAGCGCGUCUCAAAAGAACAAUUGGCUGAUGAUAUCAUCAUAGACAAACUGGGCACAUCUACAGAAGAAGGGAAAAAAGUUCAGCGUAAUAAAGGACAAAACUUCCUGGCUGUAUUUCAAAGAGUAGAAAACAGGACUUUAAGGAAUAAAGAAAUGUAGUUGUCACAUGAAUAAGACUGGAUAUGUGUCAAAUCCUCAAUCUGCAAUAAUCUGGAAGCAUAAAAUAAGGCGGAUCUCUGAAAACAUUCUAAAGUCCUGAAUUUGGCAUCAAUAUUGAGCUUUUUUUUGAUGUUCUGGAAUCUGGAGGAGUUUUACAUCAAGAUUCAUUCUGCAGCUCAGAAGCAUUAGUUGGUCUUUGUUCUUGAGCGGCUAAGGUCUCUUUAAUGAUUAAAUUGUGGGAAUAUGGCAAUAGGAGAAGCUCCAACGAAAAAACUAUGAUUUUUCUACUGGACAGAAUGGACUUCUUGUAGGCGACUAUGCUUUACCUGGUUGUGUCUCAUUUUAUGUUUUUAUUAUACAGUUUUCUAAAUAUAUUUGAAAGCCUAAUGUAGAAAGCAAGAUUAAAGUUUUGUUUUUGUUUUUAA